AUGACGAAGCACAAGGACCACCUCGCCUUGCUGUAUAAGGCGCACGAGAAACUUAAGGAUGACCUCAAUGCGGUGCUGAACCACCCACUAAUGCCGUCAGAAUUUGAACGAGCAUGGAAGGACCUCAUUCAAAGAUACAACUUGCAAGACGAUGAAGUGAUCAAUUCGCUGUGGGAAGACAGGCACGAGUGGAUCUCGGCUUACUACAAGGAAUUUUUCUGUGCUCGGAUGACUUCCACACAGAGAAGCGAGAGCAUGAACCGCAUACUGAAGAAAAACUUUGUCCAAGAGAAGGAUGAUCUCCAUCUGUUUGCUCAGCAGGUGGACAAGUGCAUUCAGACCAGGAAGGCCGUCGAGCACGCAGAGACAGUAGCAAAUGAGUCAGAGAUAAAGACAACAACCCAGUUUGGGUUCGAAGUUCAGCUAUCAAAAGUGUAUACAAGGGCAGUGUUUGCAGAUUUCAAAGAAACACUCUACCGUAGCACUGCAUUCAGAGCAGAACGGUGCCCUGAGAACCCGACAAAGUAUCUCGUACACCACUACAACAGAUCGGAUGCAUUUGACUAG